UGCAUGAUCUACCAUGGACAAAGUGCUCUGCAGCCUCCUGAUUCUUGGAACAGCAGCGAUGAUGGUCCACGCAUGUCCUAAAUACUGUGUCUGCCAGAACCUGUCUGAGUCUCUAGGCACACUCUGUCCUUCGAAGGGCCUCCUGUUUGUGCCUCUGGACAUCGACCGCAGGACUGUGGAGCUCCGUUUGGGUGGCAACUACAUCAUCAGAAUCACCCAGCAGGACUUUGCUAACAUGACAGGGCUGGUAGAUCUGACAUUGUCCCGGAACACAAUCAGCUCCAUCCAGCCCUUCUCCUUCGUCGACCUUGAGACCCUGCGAUCCCUUCACAUGGACACCAACCGGCUAACAGAGAUAGGGGCCGAUGCCUUGAGGGGACUCUUCAACCUGCAGCACCUGAUUCUCAACAACAACCAACUGAGCCGCAUCUCAGAUGAAUCCUUUGAGGACUGCCUGUUGACCCUAGAGGAUCUAGACCUCUCGUACAACAACCUCCAGGGUGUCCCGUGGGAAUCCAUCCGCAAGAUGGUCAACCUGCAUCAGCUCAGCUUGGACCACAACCUUAUUGAUUACAUAGCAGAGGGUACCUUCACUGACCUCCAAAAGCUGGCCAGGUUGGACCUGACCUCCAACCGGCUGCAGAAGCUGCCCCCUGAUCCCAUCUUUGCCCGCUCACAGAACAACAUGGUGCUGACAACCCCUUAUGCCCCUCUCUUGACUCUCAGCAUCGGGGGGAACCCUUUACACUGCAACUGUGAGCUCCUGUGGCUCAGGAGACUGGACCGUGAGGAUGAUAUGGAAACCUGUGCUUCCCCUCCAAGCCUCAAGGGUCGGUACUUCUGGUAUGUGAAAGAGGAGGAGUUUGUGUGUGAGCCGCCCCUGAUCACCCAGCACACCCACAAGCUCCUGGUGCUGGAAGGCCAGACAGCAAGCCUCAAGUGCAAAGCCAUAGGAGAUCCAUCACCAGUCAUCCACUGGGUGGCUCCCGAUGACAGGCUCAUUGGAAACUCCUCCAGGGCAACAGUCUAUGACAACGGCACUUUGGACAUCAUGAUCACCACCUCCAAGGACUACGGCACCUUCACUUGCAUCGCUGCCAAUGCCGCUGGGGAGUCCACUGCCUUCAUUGAGCUUUCCAUCAUCCAGCUACCCCACCUCAGCAAUGGUACUGGCCGAACCUCACAGCCCAAGUCCAGGCUCUCGGACAUCACCAGCUCAGCCAAGACCAACAAGGGGGAGGACAAGAGCCCCCCAGAGAGGGUGGUGUCCGUGUCAGAGGUGACGUCAGUCUCCGCCUUGGUCAAGUGGUCAGUCAGCAAAGCAGCACCCAAGGUUAAAAUGUACCAGAUCCAAUACAAUUGCUCUGAUGAUGAAGUCUUAAUUUACAGGAUGAUUCCGACUGCAAGCAAAGCCUUCCUUGUGAACAAUCUGGUGUCUGGAGUUCAGUAUGACUUGUGUGUCCUGGCCAUAUGGGAUGACACAGCCACCACUCUCACAGCCACCAACGUGGUGGGGUGUGCCACAUUCAUUACCAGUGAGGACUACCCACAGUGCCAGUCUCUACACAGCCAGUUCCUGGGCGGAACCAUGAUCCUGAUCAUUGGAGGGAUUAUCGUGGCCACCCUGCUUGUCUUCAUCGUCAUCCUGAUGGUCCGGUAUAAGGCAACCAGCAGCGGCAAUUCUGGGAAGUUACCAGAUGUCAGUAAUACUUACUCGCAGACUAAUGGGGGUCAUACUGUCCAAAAUGGGGUGUUGCCUCAAGUGAAGCCCAAAGUGGUAGUGCGAGAUGAGCUAAUGGAAUUUAACUGUGGCUCUUUGCAGAGCAGCUUGUCCUCAUCCUCUAGCUCUCUGGUCAGUAGAGACUGUGACGAUUACAGCCUCCACAGUGACAGGAGCACCCUGUCCAACAAGUGGACACCAGUUUCCAGGUCCCGGCACAACUUGGACCACCUUUUGGGGGCCUUCACCUCUCUGGAACUGAGGGGUCAGAGGCGAGAGGAUGUUCCGACCAAUACCAGGAACUCCAUUCUUGCACCGCAGUCUGACAAGGAGCCCCUACUGGGCCGUGGGGAGACCAAGCUCAGAAGCUUUCUCACAUUACCUUUGGAGAGCAAGCCCAAGCGGAGCCACUCCUUUGACAUGGGGAACUUUGUCACCACCCAGUGCUGCAGCUAUCCCAAAAAGAUCACAAACAUCUGGACUAAGAGGAGCCUCUCGGUCAAUGGGAUGCUCCUGCAAUAUGAUGAGGGUGACCUGGCAGAGAGCAAAGUGAACUCCGGGAGCUCUGAAUGGGUCUUGGAAAGCACUGUCUAAUGUUCAGUCACUGGGUCUUCAAUAAGAGAAAAUAAAAAGUGGGACACCUUGACAUCCUACACCUGUAGUGCAUGAAGACCAUCAGUGUGUGACACCUGUUGACCUGCGUUCCUUUAGAAUUAUUUUUAAUCACAAUGCAUUGACUUCCAGGAGGCCUUGCACAGGAUGAAUCAAGCUCUCAACUUGGAAAGCAUAAAGAUGGAUUUUGUAUAAUACCAAGGAUUGUAGGGUGACCAAACAUUGUUAGCCGGUUGUAUGUUUAUGAAAUGCCUGCACAAAAAAAAAUUAUGUGCUAAUGUAAAUCUAUCUUCAGAGAAGUCACAUUUUGGGUCAAGGGCUGAUUUUGAGAAGCGUUGUUUAAGAACGAGAAUAGAAUGGAAUGAUCCUACCAAUAAACUUGGAUUGCAACAAAGAAAAUCCUAAAAUGAAAUCUGAUGCAGAUCGGGAUUCAGUUAAGGCAAAUUAAGGCAAAUCGUUACUGUAUGUGUAGUAUAAAUAAAAGAUAUAUUUUUGCCUGCAAAAAGAAACUAAGUUGAAAUUGAUUUCCAAGUCAUGCUUUCCUGUUAAUAAGGUCCAUUGAGAGUGGUGGCUGCAAAGUAUCUGGUUAAGAUCUGGAGAUGUGAAUUUCCCUUACUGCACUUGCAUGAAGAAUGAAAAAACAAUUGUGGAUGCCUACCUGCCCCUUUAAAGACCAUUAAUGUUGAUCUAAAGUUGUGGGUACUCUCAUCCUUUCCUUAUUGUGUUCUUUCUAAAAAACAAACACCUGCUGGAAUGUUGAACAUGACGACGCCCUCCCCUAAUCCCAAAGGUAUUCAGAUGAAUUUGAAAUGCAUUCUGAGCCAACCAAAAUCUCCACCAGUGGUUUCUGGAAUAUGCAUCCUUUGUAAAUUCCUCCAUCAACCAAAAUUCAGUUAGACACUUGAAUAUUUAUUUAUUUAUUUAUGUGUUAUUUUUUUUUAUUAAGAUCCUUGCAGAACAGCAUGAGAAAAGUAUAAGUCAUGGUUCAAGGACAUGGUAAGACAUAUGGAGUAUAUCUACAAUAAAACAAACACUUGUGAGAUAUCUGUUUUAAACAACAAAAAAAAAAAAAAAAAACUAUGAAACUGAGACCAAGUUAAUAUGUUUUCAGUUAUCAGCUAAUUUGAUUAAAACCUUUUUCUUAACUCGACUGUUCUUAUUUUUUUUUUUUUUUUACAAAUCUGUAUUUCUCCCAUGAAGCACAAAUGUUCUUCAGAUACCUUCAAUCAACA